AUGGGUCUUGUGAGACUCCCAAAGUUAAGCUAUUACUGGAGCAAAGAUAAAAUCUUAGGACAGACAUUUCCACGUACCGUCUUGAGCCACAAUAGAUUCGAAAUAAUCCUACAGUACCUACAUUUUAGUGAUAAUGAAACCGCAAAUAAAUCUGAUCGAAUCUCUAAGAUAAGACCGAUUAUAGAUAUGGUCAAUAAUACGUUUCAAAAGUAUUAUUCACCGAAAGAAGACAUCUGUGUCGACGAAAGUCAGGUUCCAUUCAGAGGGCGGAUUGUAUUUAGACAAUACAAUAACAGUAAACGCCAUAAAUAUGGUUUAAAGCUAUUCAAACUAUGUACUAUUCCCGGGUACACUUGCAAAUUUUCGUUGUAUGGCGGUAAAAAUAUCGAUACCGUAAAUACUACGCCUACAUCAGUGGUAAUGUCUCUUUGUAGCCAAAUAUUAAACAAAGGCCACACUUUGGCAACUGAUAAUUGGUACACCAGCUUAGAGUUGGCUUACAAUUUACUGGAACAUCAAACGCACUUGAUUGGGACUAUUAGGAAAAACCGAAGAGGUUUACCUAAGGAUGUAGUAGAAGCCAAACUUCAAAAGGGAGAGUUCAUGGCCAUGGAAAACGAGGAUGGUAUAACAAUUUUAAAAUGGAAAGAUAAGCGGGACGUGAUGAUGCUUUCUACUAAACAUUCUGAUAAAAUGCCAACAAUCACCAAAAAGGGCAAACAGAUUACUAAGCCGAAAGUGAUUUUAGAUUAUAAUAAGUCAAAAGGAUCUGUCGAUAUGAGCGACCAAAUGUCGUCGUAUUCUUCUCCCUUACGUAAAACUAUUAAGUGGUACCGGAAACUUGGUAUUGAGAUUUUGUUGAAUACUGCCGUAGUAAAUGCAUGGAUUAUGUUUACCGAAACUAGGAACACAAAAAUGUCAAUCGUAGAGUUUCGGAAAUCUCUAGUAGACUAUCUAACAAGCUCGUCAGAUUCUCAGCAGACUGAGUCAGGAGUAACGGUAUCAAGACCCAAACGUUUGAAGCACGAGUUGCUAACAAAAACUGGGACAGUGAGAUAUACUAGACGAUUUUGUGUACACUGUUACAAAGAUAUGGUAAAGCAGUUUGGACGAAAAUUGGCGAAAAAUAAAGCUAAAAAGGUUAAUACUUUUUGCGCUCAUUGUGAUGGAAACCCACAUAUCUGUUUAUCCUGUUUUAAUAAGAUCUAUCGUUAUGUUUAG